CAGACGCGAGCGCCGACCCACAGUCCUUUGCCUGCUUGCCAGGCGGCGCGGCGCGGCGCGUGCGCAGUGGGUGCGCGCAGCUGGGAGGCCGCUAGGUAGAAGGGGCAGGUAGAACCGCGGCUGGACAUGCCACAGGCGGCACCGCGCGGCCAUGGGGGCCCGCCACUCCGCUUUUGCUCGGCCCCGUUCCUGCAAGCGAAGGAAAGAAGAUAAUGGGGACGAUCUGCUGGCCGAGCGAGAGCAGGAGGAAGCCAUCGCGCAGUUCCCGUAUGUGGAGUUCACCGGGCGAGACAGCGUCACCUGCCUCACCUGCCAGGGGACGGGCUUCAUCCCAACAGAGCAAGUAAACGAGCUGGUGGCUUUGAUUCCGCACAGCGAUCAGAGACUGCGCCCUCAGAGAACUAAGCAGUAUGUCCUCCUGUCUGUCCUGCUCUGUCUGCUGGCCUCUGGCUUGGUGGUUUUCUUCCUGUUUCCACAUUCGGUCCUCGUGGAUGACGGUGGCAUCAACGUGGUGAAAGUCGCGUUUAAUAAGCAGGACUCCCUCGUCGUCCUCGCCAUCACGGCCACCCUGAAAAUCAAGAACUCCAACUUCUACUCGGUGGCAGUGACCAGUCUGUCCAGCCAGGUUCAGUACAUGAACACGGUGGUGGGCACACACGUGACCACCAACGUCUCCCUCAUCCCACCUCGGAGCGAGCAGCUGGUGAAUUUUACCACAAAGGCUGAGAUGGGAGGACCCUACUCCUAUGUGUACUUUUUCUGCACAUUACCCGGCAUCCUGGUGCACAACAUCGUCAUCUUCAUGCGGACGUCAGUGAAGAUUUCCUACAUUGGCCACAUGACCCAGAGCUCCUUGGAAACUCAUCACUACGUGGACUGUGGAGCCAGUUCCACGGCCGUUUAGAAGCUGCCUUUGGUUUCCUUCAGGGGAGCGCCUCUCGGACAGCGUCUGUUCCCGGGGCCGGGGCCUGAGUGCCGAGCCUACCCAGAUGGUGAAAGUGGCAGGGAAAUCGGUCUCUCCAUCCCAGCAGACACCCUCCUCCUCACCUGGGAGGAUCGCUCCUUUCCGCAGCACCCUGUGUUUCAGCACCAGCAGAGUCACUGCCCAGCGUCGAACCAUCCUCAGCAGAUAAUAAGCGCUCAAAGCAGGUUUGAAGAAUCCAGCUCAGAUCCUCCCAGCUGCUCUCAGGAGCUCCUCAGUAGCUCGUUCCCUCGGGCCGCGUUAGAGCUGGGAUAUGGGGCCUUGUCUCCACAGAAGAGGCAGCAGGGAGGGAGCCUUGGAAAACAGAAGAAAGCACAGACAAAGGUGUAACUUAUUUUUCUUCACUUCUCCUAAAUGCCUAGUGACUUGAGAGAAAAAAAGAAAAAAAAAUUUUUAAAAAAAAAGACUUUUUUUUUUUUCCUGUAGAAAGUUGACUGUUGUUUUUGCCAGGAAUCUAUGUGGGGUUUGAUUCACCCCCUAUCCAUUGGCUGGAACAUGGAUUGGGGAUUUGGUAGAAAAAUAAACUGCUUUUGAUUCUUCCGUG